GAGUCCUAUGCCUUCAACCUGUGUUUUUGCAGGAAGUCCAUCUCCGGGACUUGCAGGACAUGACUCUCUUCUCUCACGAAUGGAGGAAGGGAUUCUGCCCAUUUUCGGACAGAAAUACAUAAACACCCCUUUCUGAGCGCCCAGACGCGUUCACACCCAAGCAGCGUCCCUGCGUCCGGUUGCCUUGCCUCCCUAACGCGCGUCUGGUUGCCAUGGUAACUCGCUGCCUUUCUAAGACGUCACCGCGCAGGAAGAAAAAGCCGUGAAGCGAACUUUGUUCUGCACUUUUCCCCGAAUAAAGAGCACAAGACGACGGCGGCAGCUCUCCUCUCUCUCUUCUUCUCUUAUUUGAUUCUAUUUUAUUUCCUUUCAUUUCGUUUUCUUUUUUUUUUUUUAUUAUUGCAUGUCGUUUUAUUGACCCCACGUCAGUCACGAUGCGCCCCCCGCGGACCGACACACUCCUCGCCAUCGCUGUUUUUCUCCUUCUGCUCCGGUUUCGUCUCACUUUCGCCCAGCAGCAGUGUGAUUUGACCGCUCUGGUUGGAGACGAGGUGACCGUCCCACUGGGGUAUUCAGGUGCCACAGAAGACAAUCGGCUGAUCUGGAAACGUGGACAUUUGACAAUUUUUGACAGGGUGGAUAAGAGAGUCAGAAGAGGCAAAUUAGGAGAUGUAACGAGCGAUGGAUCCCUCGUCCUGCGUCGUGUGACGAUGGACCAGUCCGGACUGUAUUCUGCGCAAGUGAUUGACAGAACAGGACUGAUGCGGCAUAACAGAGUGCAGACCUUGUGUGUGGCAGAAACAGUCUAUGGACUACUGGGAGCUGAGGCUGAACUGGAUCCGGGAGCAAAUGAGAAAAUCAAAGAAAUCAUUUGGAAAAAAAGUAACACCAAAAUAUCCGAGUGGAAAAGGGAUAAAGUGGUUUAUUAUGGCAGAUGUGAGACCGGCGAGCAGUGUGACCUGAAUAACUCUACUGGGGUGUUGGUAAUGAAAGGGUUAAAAGCAGAAGAUGAAGGACGGUACCUUGCUGAAAUCAACGGGAAAACGCCUCUAACGGGACUUGACCUGAUCCCACUGAAACCGGUGUCCAAACCCAGUGUGACCACGUCCUGCAGUUGGACCCAGUGCAUCCUGACCUGUGUGGGAGAGGAGACUAAACACACCAAAUACUCCUGGAAAGAGAACAAUGAAACUGUAAAGGAGGGAAACACCUUGAUGGUGGAGAAGAGUGGAGAGCAGAGUAAAAGUUACACCUGUGUGUUCAGUAACCCUAAGAGUGAGGAGCACAGUGACCCCCUCACUGAGAUGGACUUAUUUCCAGAUAACAAAGGUUAUGACAUGGACCAGGAGCCGGUGCUGGAGCGGCACUCGUCGACGAUGGACGGCUGGACAUAUGAGUACUUCGUUGCCAUACUGGUGGCGGCCGUGGCUGUGACUCUGCUCAUGAUGAUGCUUUAUUAUUGCAGAAGAUUUUACUUCAAACGUGAUGAUCGCCGGAGGACCUACAUGAAUUCAUUCUAUGAUGCGGAGUCCAGGGACACCAUAUACAAGGCAGAUGAGCCUCCUGGAAGCGCUACAGUGGACAGUGUCCCUCGAGAUCCGAACCCUCAGGAUCAGAUGAGACAAGGAGCUGCUGAUGCAGAUGGAGAAAAUCUUAUGACUUUAGUUUGAGCCCCGGUUGCUCUUUACAAGAACAAACCGUUUGCUCACGAAGUCCCAGGACAGAAGAGUUUGUGGGGCCGCAGUUUUCGGCUUCCUUUUUUGUUACUCCGUUGUUCACGUGUCACGGAAUUCUCAUGAUUUGGAGGACAACUGUUCAAAUGUGGUAAAAGCUGCGUGUGACUUUGUUUCUGUUUAUUGAUACUGUUGGUAUGAAUUUUAUGGCUGUUUGUUGCAUUCAGCACAGUAUGUGUUGUAAGCACAUUACUGUGGUACAACUGGACUUUACUGUAUUACGCAGCACACUGGAGCUGGUUACGCUUCAGUCACAUACUGGACGUGUUUUUACUAUCUUUGUGUGUUGAGGUCAUAGUUAUAGAAUGUCUGUUACAUAAACUCAAGAAUGGGGUGAACUUGAUCACCUUACACAUUAUAUACAUUUCAACUGAGUUCAUAUAAAUAAA